AUGGUUGCAAUAGAACCAUUUGUAGUUGAAGCACCUAUGAACAAGCAGAACAUUUUUGAAGGGAAGAGGUAUGAAGUGCUCAACUUAGGAGGGAGCAUAGACAAGGAAUCUGACGUUGGAAAGAAGCUACUGGAUAUCAAAGCAAAAGGAUCACAGCUCCUCUUAGAAAUCAGCGAAUGUAAGCAGACCCUUGAGCAGGAGAGCAACAUAACUGCUAGAUUCCCUGCUGCAGUACAGGAGAUGGAUAUUAAGUCCUUGGAGGAGGAAUACAAAGGUCUACAAGGUGAUGGAGCUGGAGAAGCCGAGUACUUCCAGUCUCUUGAAGAACAAAUCAUUAAAAUGAAGGGAGUUUCUGAUCCUAUUAAAUGCUGUUGCGGACUGGAGUACAAUGUAGAACUAGGCGGGGAGUCCAUGGGUGUAAGAUAA